AUGGAUCUGUGUGUGGUGGGAAGUGAGCUACAUGAUCAACACAGAUAUCUUCUGGGAUAUCCACUGAGCAAAAUCUUUGAGAAAUCUGUGGGAAAGACCGAUGGGAAGAGGGAGGACGCUUGUCCUCUUCACUGGAAACGGCUAAAGAAAUCAACGGGGAUGCUUGAGAUUGCAAAAAGAUUCGCCCAUGAUUGUCCUCUUCUUUGCCACUGA